AUGUCUGAAAACUCCCUAACUGUAUCUUUAGGUAAUGCUUUAUCAUCUCUUGAUUGCAGCUCUCCGCUAGUAGGCGCAGUGGUGCUCGACUUUGUGGGAGAAGCAUUAGAAGCCUUAAGUUAUGCGAACCUGUCUGCUGAGAUUUCUCCUCAACCCACAUCCAUCUCUGAAAAUAUCAGGGUUUGGCUUCCUGAUGCGGUGCAGCUUUGGUUGUACCUGAAAGCAUCUUCUUUACUCCCAUCCGAGCGCUUUAUGAAGCAGAAUCUUGAUUGCGGCAUUAGUGGCAUUGUUCUUUCUGCAUUUUCUGCCAGUGCCUGUGAACUUCGUGUCUCGGUUCCAAAGAUUGUGAUGGCCAUAGGCGAAAUCACUAGAGGAAUCAAGUGUAACUGUUUUAUGAAGGAAGACAUGUUGACAUCAUCUGAUAUAUUGUGGAGACCUGGAGUUCAAUUUCUUAUGCCAGCACAUUCCCCAAGCCAAAGAUAUAAGAAACGGACAACAAAGCUUAGGUCUCAUGAUAGAAGAAGACAGGUUGCACACCUAUAUCAAUCAUUGAUGGAUAACAGAGAUUAUAGGUUAUUUAUUCCACCUUUGCUAAGAGAUGAACGGGAGACUGUCAAAAGCCAUCCGAGUGGUUCUUUGGCUUCCAAGUUCUUCUGUGGUGUUCGUAAUGCUAGGAAGAAAUCACAUUUGGGUGAAGCUUUUUCCACUCAGGAGCAACUUAUAGAGGAGCCUUGGCUAUCACAGCCAUCCAUUGGCAUGCAGCGGGCUGUAAAUAGUUAUACUGUUAUUGAUAAUGGUAUGCAGAAGUCAGAACUCUUAAAUCAAUCCAGUCUUAGUGAGGAUUUCAGCCAUAAGUUGGAUUAUGAUGAGAAAGGAAGUAACAGUUCUGAAUCAGAAAAUACAUUUUUAAUGAAUUAUCUUGUCGAGGAGCCUUGGAUAUUUGAUUCCUUUGCAGUUACUUCUGGAACAGAGAUAGUUUCGAGUGCCUUCAGUAAUGAGUCUAGUGAAGAUAAGGUCACCCUGUCAGUAUUUGAUGAGCAGCAAAAGUCCAUACCUGAGAACCUGCUGCAUGAGAGAAAAAGCAACAUGACGUCAAAGGACUCUGUUUCCACUGUUAUAUUGAUAAAUUCUUCUGUAUGUACCGUUCAAAGGAUUGCCGUUCUAGAAAAUGAUCAACUGGUCGAACUGUUAUUGGAGCCUGUAGAAACCAAAGUGCAGUGUGGUAAUGUUUAUUUAGGAGUUGUAACUCAGCUAGCUCCAAACAUGGGAGGUGCAUUUGUAAAUAUUGGCAGCCCAAGGGCAUGUUUCAUGGAUAUAAAGUUCUAUAGGAAACCAUUUAUAUUACCUUUCUCUCAUAGUCCCAUGAAGGAAAGAGAGGUACGUGCCCCCAUGUUUGAUAAAUCUGGAGUGGAGGUGGAUUUUCCCCAAACUGGAGCCUUCUUCAGUGGAGUUGAAGAAUCAGACGAGGUGGAGUGUGACCAAAGUGAAGACGAGUUUGAAGGUGAGGAGAACCAUUUUCAUUGUGAUGAUGUUUUGGACACUAUCAAGGAAAGUGUUAAUGGUGGUGUUGUUAGACAUGGAAGUGAGGUUGAUACACAGAAGUCCUUGGAGCAGCUUAAUGGGGAUUUGGAGCAGCUUAAUGGGGAUGUGGAGCAGCUGGGGGCUAGAACUGGAGACCUGGAUGCAAACAGUGAGGUUUUAAGCACCAAAAAAACUAAGUGGGCUAAAGUUAAAAAGGGCUCUAAGAUCAUUGUACAAGUUAUUAAAGAAGGAUUGGGUACAAAAAGCCCCACACUGACUGCUUAUCCAAAACUGAGUAGCAGAUUCUGGGUACUGAGCACUUGCGUCAAGAAAAUUGGAGUUUCUAAGAAAAUCUCUGGUGCUGAGCGAAAAAGAUUACGGACUUUAGCAGAAACCUUGCGGCCUCCUGGAUUUGGUCUCACUGUAAGGACAGCUGCUUAUGGUCAUUCAUUAGAGGAAUUGCAAAAAGAUUUGGAAGGUCUAUUAUCAACGUGGAAAAAUAUAGUGGACCAUGCAAUAUCUGCGACUCUUGCUGCCGAUGAAGGUAUUGAUGGUGCUGUUCCUGUUAUGUUGCACAAGGCAAUGGGCCAAACACUCUCUGUUGUCCGAGAUAUUUUUAAUAAGAAGGUGAAGAGCAUGGUGGUGGAUUCUCCACGGACUUAUCAUGAGGUUACCAACUAUCUUCAGGACAUAGAUCCCAAUCUUUGUGAAAGAGUUGAGUUAUAUAGCAAAAGGACUCCAAUUUUUGAUGAGUACAACAUUGAGGAAGAAAUCAAUAAUAUUCUGAGUAAAAGGGUUCGUCUGGCUAAUGGUGGUUAUCUAGUGAUUGAACAAACGGAGGCCCUGGUGUCCAUUGAUGUAAAUGGGGGUCAAGGUGUGCUAGGUCAAGGGACUUCACAAGAGAAAGCGGUUCUUAAAGUGAACCUUGCUGCGGCUAAGCAAAUUGCCAGAGAAUUACGGCUGAGAGAUAUUGGUGGAAUAAUUGUGGUAGAUUUCAUUGAUAUGAGAUAUGAUGUCCAAUCUUUGCAUGAAGAAACCUUCGCAAGCUCCACCUUAGAAAUAGGCACUUAUUUAGAGAUCAGAGCAAAUAGAAGGAAGGUUUAUCAAGAAGUCAAAAAGGCCGUCAAGAGGGACCGGUCGAAAGUUGAUGUUCGCCCUAGUGUUUCAUUUAUGAUUAGUGAACCAUGCACCUACUGCCAUGCAACUGGAAGAGUGGAAGCAUUGGACACUUCAUUUUCGAAAAUCGAACAUGAAAUCUGUCGACUUUUGGCAACCACAGAGCAGAAAGCGGAGCCAGAGAACCCCAAAACUUGGCCACGGUUUGUUCUUAGGGUUAAUGGAGACAUGUGCAAGUAUAUGACCACAGGAAGGAGGACCAGGCUAGCAGUUUUAAGCAGUUCCCUUAAAGUUUGGAUCCUCCUAAAGGUGGCUAGAGGGUUCAGCAGAGGGGUAUUUGAGCUGAAACUACUUUUGCCAGGCGAAGAUGCAGACGGAAUGCAUGAGAAUCAGGCAAUACCAACCCCAAUAGCGCAGCUUAAGGAUGUAAUAACUCACUCCUCCACCAAACCCCCUCAAAUCACUAUCUUUCCUAUGAAAAAUCGGAAACCCGGUCUCGAAUCAUAGAUUAGCUCUCGCGCUCAAUUCUAGUUUCCUAGAGUUUUGUAUCUGUAGUAAUUUUGGAAGUUUUGUAGUAGAGAAACAAUUAUUGGGCAUGUGAAAAUUCUAAUUUCGGGACAAAAAAGUCUCUUUCCAAUGAAUUCUUUCAGCAAAGUUUGAGAAGAGCAUUG